AUGCCCUCUGUGGAUGACCUGAGCAUGGCCUAUUCCACGGUACAAGCUCAGGCUGUGAGCGGCCCGGAGAGUCCCCUGCCUUACAGCCACCUCUUGAGAGGCUUGGAGCAGAGCUCUACAGUGCAAACGCAGACCUUGCGAAAUCUUGAGAAGCACCUCAAUGACUUGAAGAAGGAGAACUUCAGCCUCAAGCUGCGCAUCUACUUCUUGGAGGAGCGCAUGCAACAGAAGUAUGAGGCCACCCGGGAUGACGUCUACAGACGGAACAUUGAGCUGAAGGUGGAAGUGGAGAGCCUGAAAAAAGAGCUCCAAGAGAAGCAGCAGAACUUGGAAAAAGCUUGGGAAGCAGCAGAGAGCCAGAGCAGUCAGAAUGAAGUGGAGAUCGGUCACCAGCAACAGAGUGAAUGGGCCUAUGAGAGCCUGGAGAAGAAGAUCCACCUGCUACAGGAGGAGGCCCGGUCAGCAAGAACCGAAGCGGAGCAGAUGGCAGCUCUGGCUGAGGCUGAGAAGGAACGCUGUUUGGAACUCACCAAGCAGCUGGCUGAGUAUUCCAAGAAGCAGGAUGAGACCAGGGAAAGCCAGGCUCUUUUGGAUACCUACAAUGUCACCUUGGCAGAGAAAGACAAGAGGAUUGAGGAGCUGACCUGGCAACUGAGCGACAAAGAGAAACUCCUCGUACGGCUGUCCAGAGAGAAACAGAACCUGCUGCACCGUCUGGAUAAGACCCCGGAAAUGGAGGUGCAGAAUUCGUGGGAGGAUCAACAACAACUCGCUUGGUAUGACUGUUCACCAGGCAAGCAAGCAUUUGAAUUAAAUAACGCUGAAUUGCUGGAAAAAAUCCGCCACUUCGAUGCUAACAAUAAGUUGCUGCAAGAGAAGCUGAACGAUAUGGAUUUUGAACUGAAGUCUGUCCAGCAAACGUCCCAGAGACAAGAUCACAAAAUCCAGAAUUUGAAUGAGACUCUGAAAAGCAAAGAAACUGAGUCUGAAGAACUGUACCGUGUAAUCGAAGGGCAGAAUGAGACAAUAACCAAACUACAAGAUAUGCUACAUAGAAGCCAGGUUGGGCAAUUGCAGGUCUCCGAGAGUUCUUCCUCGUCACAGCAGAAGCAGCAAAUGGCUCUGCUCGAACUGCAGAACGCCCUUUCCCUCAUUCAGCUGGAAUUGCAGCAGAUGGAAAGGGCUAAGCAGCAAAAGGAUCGUCAGUUGGCUGAGGAGAAGAGAGCCACCCAGCUUCUAGAGACGUGGUCGCAAGAAGAGCAGCAGCAGAAAGAAGCAGCGUGGAAACACAACUGGGAGUUGCGGGCUACUCUUCAGCAGCUGCAAACGGAGCUACAGAAUAAGAACUGGCAAUGCUGGACUCUGGAGAGGGAGAAAUGCUCAGCGAUCAAAGGACAAGAGCAGAAAAUCAAGCAAUUGAACUACUGCCUGGCUUACAAAGAGCAUCUUGUGCAGGAGUUUCAAGAACUUCUGCAAUAUCAUCAGAACUCGGACAAGAGUCCCACAUCUGCGGCUGCUGGCAUGAUACAGAAAUUGCAACAGCGUGUCAAAGACAGAGACACCGCUCUGGAGCAAGCAGUAGAUGAGAAGUUCCGGGUGCUUGAAGAGAAAGAGAAAGAGCUGCAGCAGCUCCGUUGGUCUCUGAGAGAGCAGGAACAUGACCUGGAAGGGCUGCGUAGGGUCCUGUCUGGGAACGAGACCACCAUCCAGGGCCUGGAGAGUAUGUUGAAAGCCAAAAGUCUGGACCUGGAGCAGCUGUCGGCAACUUGCCAGAACUUCCAGUGGCUGAAAGAUGAAGUAGAAGCAAAAUCUCAACGUUGGCAGGCAGAGCAAGAUGGGGUCAUCCAGCAGCUGCGGACCACUCUGCAUGACAGGAACAAAGAAGUGGAAGCACUCUCAGCAGCUCUGCAAUCCAAGCUGGGGCCUGGGCAGAGGGAUAUCGUAGAAGAGCUCUGCUUUCGUCUUCAGCAGAAGGAGCGAAUCAUCCAGGAACUCCUCGGUGACAGGAACCGACAGGCCGAAGAGCAGAAGGCUGAGAUCCAGAGCUUGCUUCAAGCCGUGAGCUCCAAACAGCAGCAAAGCCGUUUAUUUUCCGAGAAGAUGGCACAGGCUUUAAUAGAAAGAAGUUGUGAGCUGCAGGUCUUGCGCCAGCAACUGAUGGGCCAGAUCCCUGGAGGCAGAGUGGAGGGUUCCCCCGCCCGACUCUCGCGGGAAGGACAGUCUGUUGGAGCAUUGACGCAAGGAAGGUCUGAUGAGAACACUGCCAUGAUCCCUAAGGGAGAAAACAGCACGUCCAAAAAGGAGAAAGGUGUGUCGGAGUCGACAGCCAGUCUGGAGAAGGAACUCUCUAGCAUGAAAGAUGAGCUGGAGCUGUUGGCACAAAAGGAAAGAGAGAGCCGACUGGAACUCUCUGCUCUUCAGUCUGUGGUGGUAUCCCAAGAAGAAGAGCUGCAGGUUCAAGCCUCCGAUGUCGAAUCUCUUACUAGAAGCAUUCAGAUCAAAGAGGAACUUAUCAAGGACCUGCAGAUGCAGCUGGUUGAUCCUGAAGAAAUGCCGGCCAUGGAGAGGCUUACCCAGGAAGUUCUGGCGCUUCGCGAAAAAGUAGCCCGAGGGGAAUCGCAAGGACAAGAAAUCACAGGAAACAGAAAGCAGCAGCUAUUGCUGGUAUUGGAGGAGCUUGCAGCAGAGAAGAAUCAGCUGAAUGAAUCCCUGCAAACAGAAAAGCAGCUCUACAGCACUUUGGUGAAAUUCCAUGUGCAUCCCGACAGCACAGGGCAAGAACCGACACUGCAGGCAGAGCUGGAGGGGGCCCGGGCACUCCACAAAAGGCUGGAAGAGGCUCUUGGGAGAACCUUGGAGCGCUUGCUAAGGCUGGACUCGCUGGACACAAACGGAGCUCUAAUCGUGACUGAGGAUGCUGAAGACGCCAGCACCGAGUUUACAGACAGCAUCGAGGAAGAGGCGGCUGCGCAAAGAGCAGCUCAGCAGCAACAGAACGUGAAAGAAGAUCCUGCUGACAUCCGGAUGGGCCAUCCCAGCUCUCCCGCACCCGUCUCUUCAGCACUGGAAAAGAGUCUGCAAGAGGGGCUAUUCCGUGCAAGAUCUGAGACUCAGCAGGUUUUGGAACAGAAGAAAAAGCUGGAAGAAGAGCUGCAAGAUCUCAAGAGGCAGAUUGAGGACGCAGGAUUCUCCUCUGUGUCUCACUUCAGAAAGGCCCUGCUGAGCCUUUGCCUAGAGAACGCAGAGCUCAAAGAACAGAUUGGAGAAGCAACGUUGUCUGAGGGAUGGGAGAAUGAAGAUGAAAAAGAGGAUGAAAAGGACCCGAGGCCGGAGUUCAGGAAGCUGCAGGAAAAGCUGAGCGCUUCAGAGACCGUGAUUGGCCGCCCCAAGGAACCUCUGAUGUGGAACAGCCAAGGAGGUCAAAGCAUCUUCAAGCCCCAUGUUGCUGCUGGCAUGGCUGUGGAGACCAAAGGGCUGCAGAUGGAGAAGGGACUUCUCCAUCAGGGUGACCCACAAUGUCAUCCCUGGCAGCUCCAAGGUGUGGACUCUAGUGCAGACCACAGCUCCACAGACACCCAGGUCCCCACCCUCACGAGAAGUUUCUGGCAGCAGUUUAUGGAACCAGCACAGAAGCUCCACUCAGAGCUGACUCAGUGCAGGCAACAGUGCCGCGACCUGCAAGACAAACUCCUGAUCUCGGAGGCUGCGGUCCGGGCUCAGAUGACUCAGCUGGAACACUACCAGGCCCUGCUCAGUGAGCCAGGGGUACAGCAGGAUAACAAACAGGUUCAAGUGGAUCUCCAGGACCUGGGCUAUGAGACCUGUGGGAAAAGUGAAAAUGAAGCCGACAGGGAAGAAGCCACAAGUCCUGAAUGUGAAGAGGACGAUGUCUUCAAUGAGAAUCCAGAGUCUUGGAAGAAGUUACUGGGCUCCCCUCCAAAGAAGCUCGCGAAGCAGGAAGCAUUCCUAGGAGGCAACCAAUACAGCGAUGGUUCCAUCCUCCCCUUGCAUGUCCAGGGCCUCAAGACCCAACCGAAGAGCUCCAGCCGAUCCAUCCAGAACCCACUGAGUCAUGGACGCUCCUUGUCCACCACCAGCGACUAUGCCUCUGGGGCUGAGCACUCGCUGAAAAUGAAGCAGGACUACAUCCUCAGGAGUUCCCCAUCCCACAGCAUGACGGAUGAAGACGAAGGGUGGCAUUCUGACAGCUUAGGGUCCCUCUGUCCCCAAAGCCUUCAGUCCAGCAAAGACCUGGCCAGGCUUUUCCAGAGAGUGUCCCUGCUCGAAGCCCACCUAGAUGACACCAAGACAGAGGAGAUAAAGCAGACCUCAUCCAUGGGGAAAUACGAUUCAUUGGUCCAAGCUCAGGCUCGGGAACUCUCCCAUCUGCGUCAGACAAUCCGCGAGGGACAAGGGGUGAGCCGCAUGCUGAGCCAGCACUUCAGGGACGCCAUCAAGUCCUUUGAGGAGAUCCUGCGAGGCACCGACAUCGAUUACUUCCUGGGACAGAGCUUCCGCGAGCAUCUGGCACAAGGGAACCAGUUGGCAGGACGACUGGCCCGGAAACUGAGCAGCUGGAGUGGUCUAAACCUGGAGGACAAAUCUGGUCACGAACUGCUUGCCCUGAGGUUGAGCAAGAAGCUCCAAGAGAAGGACCAAUUCAUCAAGACCUUCCAGGCCAAGCUUCAAGGGCACUCAGCCACCCCUUCCCGUAGCCACACCAUAUCCGAGCCGCCCAGUUCUGGCAGCAGUACUUCCUUCCUCUCUGAUGGCACGGAGGGUUGCUCCGACAUGGAAGAUGUUGGCGAGUGCCAGGACAACCCCAGGAAAGGCCAGCCCUACAGACACCUAAAUGCAGAUCUUGGGAACCAUUUGGAGAAAGCUUCUGCUCCACCCUCCAAUCCAGCUCCCACUGCUCGGCCAGAAUCAGUUCAAAAGAAUGUCUCUCUGCCCAAUUCCCUGCAUCCUCCACAGAUUCCAGGCCAGGCUUCCGCAGGUUUCCACCCUGAGUCCUUAUCCAAACCACCUAGCUACCCAUUGGCUCCCUUUGCCUCAGGGUCUGGCUCCUUCCUGCCUUUGGGUUAUCCACCGGCCACUGCACCGCUCCUUGGCUGCUGUGGAACGCCGGGCUUCUCAUUGGCCAACGCACAACAGGAGUUGCAGAUGCUGCAGAGGCAGCUGGGAGAAAGUGUAUCACUCCCGGCACUGUCACCAGCAAAACCAGAGUUGCCGACUGGCCUCUUUGCCACAGAUAGCCCGGCCUUCAGCUCCCAGCGCUGCCCCCAGGCCGGCCAUUGCAUUCCUCGGCCAUUUCCUGUGCAGAGCUCUGCCAGCUGGAACAAGAAAGCUGGGGAGGCCCUGGGGGACAGCAGGGACGCCAGGGAUACGACUCGCUUCCAAGAGCCUCCGAAGGGACUUGUCUGUGGAAGUCUGCCUUCCUGCUCCUCAGCAUGCCUAGCAGGCCUGAGGCCCUCAGAUGCUAGUUUGCUACAAGAACAUCUGGCCGAGAUCCGGAUCCUGGGCCAGCGCUUGGCAGAGUCCAUUUCCACCAAUAAUCGCCUGCGGGAGAAGCUGGAGGCAAGUCUGGUCUCCGUAGCAAAGAGCAACGAGUGGGGGCACCUGCAGGAAGCUCUGCUGGCAUCACACUCCAAGCUGCUGGUCGGAGAGGUGGAGCUGGAACAGCAACGGGCUGAGCAGCAGCGGCUGCGGGAGGAAGUCUGGGGCAAGCAGCGAGACUUCACGCAGCUCCAGGAGGAGUGCCUGGCCCUGAAGAAGGACAAUAUGAGGCUUCAACUCAAAGUCACGUCGCUUCAGCGGCAGUGCGAAGAGGACCAGCUACUCUUCAAAACCUUGCAGGCUGAAUUACAUGUUUGUGAAGUACCUGGCGGACCCCUGCAGAGGGCAGAUUCAGGUAUAGCUUGCCACAGGGAUGACCUGUCCAAGGGACCUGCUCCAAAUGUCGCUGGCGGCCUCCUGCAGGAAGUCCGGGGUUUGCAGAGUCAGCUGGUGCAUGCUGUCCGGGCGAACUGCGUCCUGCGGCAGCAGCUGGAGCAGCAAUAUAGUCAUGGGGCUGGUGUCACUCUCCAAGGUCUUGGUAUGUCCUCUUCUGUCUACAGAUGGCAGCCCUCGCAAGAUUCACCACCAGUCCGGGAUGUUGGCAUGAACUCCCCUUCUCUCUUCCCGCUCAUCCCUUUGUCUCUUCCGGUCCUCCAAGCCAAUCAUGAGGCACAAGGGACAUCCCCCAGGGAUGACUUGGUGCUGGAGAACAAUGCACACAAGACGGGGGCCCAUGCUGUAAGCCACAUUGAGGACUACGGCACCCUCAAACAACAGAUCCUAGAGGGCAAGAUUCUGGUUGGCAAGAUGGCAUCACUCCUGAAGACUGGCCAAGAACCACGGGACAGCAGGGUAACAGGGAAACAUUUGGUCUUCCAUCCAGGAGGUAUCAGGCAACUUCUUGCCAACACUAAUACCUUGCACCAGAUCUUGGAGAAAGCGGCCUCCCUUCUGUCAUUGUUCUGGAUAGCGGUGCUUCCUGAGCCGUCCAUGAAAGAAGAGAUCCAGGUACUCCGAGCUAAGCUGAUGGAGCAAGAGAGCCGCCUACAGCGGGCCAGCUGCUAUAAGGACAGCAUGGAGAAUUUCCUCCUUGCCCACCUGACCAGGACACAUGCUGUACUGAAGAAAGCCAGGAUUAAUUUGGAGGGCACGCCAGAGCCGGCGACGUUCUCCCCGUUAUGCGAUCACGUCCUUGCAUGAGCAAGGAAGGAAAUGGAACCAUUCAAGUUUCCAGAGAUGGAAGGAGGAAGAAAAGCCAGCUACUGAGUUUCUACUGGUUUCCCUUCCACAUGCAGGGAUCAGAAAUGGCUUGCUGUGGCAUAGACAUCUGGU